AUGAAUUCAACUUCCUGUGAGCUCCUCGGGGAGGACUACAUUCUGCGUCAAAGAAAAGAUACCCAGCUCCCUCCUAUCCGGAAGCGUAUCAUCAUCUGCUGUGAUGGUACAUGGCAAUCGGCGGUCUCUGGGAAGAGAAACGUCCCUUCAAAUGUCACCAGACUUUGUCGCUCGCUAAAUAGCAUUGGUACUGACGAUAAUGGCGACAAAUGGCAACAGAUUGUGUGGUAUGACUCGGGAGUUGGCACUACUGCACUUCCCCUGGGAGACGCCAUCGAAGGUGCUAUCGGUAAAGGUCUGGAAGGAAAUGUCAUCGAGGCAUAUAACUUCUGUGUCCUGAAUUAUAACCCUGGCGAUAAAAUCAUGUGUUUCGGCUUCUCCCGCGGUGCUUAUACCGCCCGGACAAUCGCUGGCUUGAUUUCAGAUAUUGGAAUUUGCCACAAGCGUGACUUGAAUAAGUUUCCCGACCUUUGGGCUGUUUACAAAAACAUCAAGCCUGGAAAGCGGUUCCAUCGCAGUGAGGAGUGGUUUGAUUGGAGGUGGGGGAAGGCGGACGAACACCAAGGGGCGAAAGGAGAGUUUGUUUACCAAAAGCCCCCGCAAGGUGAUUGGGCCCAGGAUGGUUCCAGGGAGGUAGAGGUAGUCGGCGUGUACGACACUGUUGGAUCACUGGGGAUGCCAGAAGUCCUGGGUAUUAAACUUCCCACGAAUGAUGGCUGGCAUAAUGUUGGACUUUCACCUAAUAUCAAGAAUGCUUUCCAGGCAUUGGCACUGGAUGAACAUCGCAAUGCCUUUUCUCCAGCAAUUUGGUAUUUAUCUAACAAGACUGCCACGCCGGAGGAAGUUGAAGCCAGAAAAGAAGAGGAAAACCAAGCGGAAAAGAAGUACUGGAGACUUUUGAAACAAGCCAAAGACCUCAAGGCCUGUGGAAAGGCCACUGAUAAGGAUGUGAACGACGCUGCGCACGAAGUUAAUGAAGCAGCCAGGGCCUGGAAUAAGGCCUCUCGCAGGCGAGUGAAGUUCCAAAACCGACUUGAGCUACACCCGACCCUUAAGCAGGUUUGGUUCCCUGGAUACCACAUCAAUGUUGGUGGGGGCUCCAGUGGAACUCUGAACAACAAAGGGGACAUGGAAGAAAUGUCCAAUAUCGUCUUCUCUUGGAUGUUGGACCAGAUUGACGAAUUUCUUUCCGUGGAUGAGAGCUUCAUCAUCAAUGAGCAGAACGAUCGAGAGCUUAAAUUCGUCCAAUUGAACCAAGUAUUGGAAAAUUACAACGCCAGAAUAACGAAACAAAAGACAGAGUCCUGGGGAAAUUGGGCAUGGCGCCAGGCCAAGUCAACAGUUUCUGCUAUCGCGCACCCUCUCACUCCAGCCAACGAACCUUCCUUCAAGGAACCUCGUGUUUACGGCUGGGGAUUGGGGGAUAUGGAAGACAGCUUCACUCCCAUGUACUGGGCAAAUGGCAGCAAGAAGCGUACGCCGGGCGCAUAUGAUAUCGCAGCGGAUGGGAAGCCUUUGGGAGACACAUUCGAGUUCAUUCACCCGGUUGUCAACUUCCGAGUCGAACAAUUCGAAAAGAUGAACCGGAAGAACAGCAAUCACCCCAUCUACAAACCAAUCGACUCAGUUCCGAAUAUGAGAUAUUCUCGUCGAAAAAUAGUCGACGCUCAAGGGAAUUCAUUCUUCGAAUAUGACAUCGGUUCCUCCAAGCGACCCCUUCCUGAGUGGAAAUUGGGUGGCCUCGAUUCCUAUGAGCGGCUUGCCAUAGCGGGGAAUGAAGCAUUUGAGUAUGUUGAUGAGCUAGAUGAUCAGCUGAAAACAGGUGUACGGACCGUUCGUCGACCUCCUGGACCUCGUGCGGAGAAGGAGCCAAUUGAGCAGCAAUUGGGCGAGAGCUUCACCGACGGGGGGCUUAAGCCGAUGAUUGAGACUAAGCCCUGGGGGAAGACCACGGUUACUCCAAUCCACGACUCUGGAGCCAACUAUCAUGACACAAGCUUUGAUUGUAAUCUUCAGCAGGGGUUUUCCCAGUCGCACACCAUCGAGUCCAAAACCUUUGUGACGAAAGUGUCCGAUGUGACGAUCUCCAGUCGAGAGGUUUUUUAG